AUGGCCCUCGAUCUCUCUGUAGCAUGGCCCUCUACCGCCCCUGCAUGGACCCAACUCGAGCCUGGACCUAAGCAGUCAAAGUUCCCGGCAGUCUUCUCAAAAGACAAUUUGACUUUCUAUGCGUUCCAUAUCACUGCAACGAAAAGCCCCCCCAUUUCGUCGACAUUCCAGUACAGCGUCAAGACUGGAAAAUGGACAGCUACGCCAGAUAGCGCCAUAUCCGGCGAUGUGGCAGGUAUCGGGGCGGUUACAAACCCAUUGACAGGGGCGAUCGUUUGUGCGGGUGGAUGUACAGAUUUGGGACGUGGGAAGGUGCAUAUCUGGGAUCCCUUAGCGAAGACAGCCGUGCUGCAGCCAGACAAUACAGUCACGGUGUUGAAUAGCAUCACAAACUUGACCACCUUGUCCACAACCGGCGCCGCGCCACCUAGCACUGUCAAUCACUGCAUGGCUGCGACUGACGAUGGGUUGUUGGUGAUAGUCUACGGAGGACAGAACUUAAAUGUCAGUGUCGUGAACGGAGAUCUCUACCAGCUCAACGUCGCUAAUGGUCUCUGGUCAAAGUCAGUUGUUAAUGGCCUUCCACGCGCCAACUCUGCCUGCACUAUCGCCGGAGACCAGUUCUUGGUCUAUGGUGGAACGGAUGAUAAGGGUCAGGUGUCCAACUCGAUUUUGGUAUACGACUAUGUCAAGGUGCAGUGGAUCACCCAGUACAACCCUCCGGCAUCGAUCGGACAGCCCUUGUAUCCUCUGGUGCCACCUACCAACAGCACGUUGACUCCCACAUCAACAACCUCCACAGGACCUUCGACAUCUCCACCAACAGCUACGACCUCCCCUGGACCAGGAGCUGGUGAUGACGGAAGCAAGGGCGGGCUUAUUGGGGGGAUUGUGGCUGCUAUUGUGGUCGUGGGUAUCAUUGUCGGAUAUAUUUUGUACCAUCGACGACAGAGGCGGCGGGAGGAAAAGCGACAGGAGCAACAGGUUGGUGGUGGAGAUGGUCAUGAUGCUCAAUUUGCGGCCAAGGAAGACUUUAGUGGUCGGGGAAGCAAGGAUGAGUGGAACGCGCAGCCCCAGCGCGGAAGACCUCAGGCGAACACCAAAAACGACUAUGAUGGUGACGACGAUGGAGCAUAUGCAGUCGCUACAGGACGCCAAAAGCCUCGUGCACCGCAGGAUACCCAAGACGAAUACAAGAGACCACCCCAAGCCCCUCAGGACGUUGAUGACACCGAGGAGUUCGAACAAGACCUGCACGAGAUCGAGAACCAGCAGAUGCAGUUGGACUUGAAGCGACAGCUGCUAGUUCUUCAGCAGCGGCAAGGACAGCGAGUUGUAGGUCGAUCGUCGCCUCCGAAACCAGAACUCAAUCAUGCUGGCAGCAUUUCGUCCGAUGGAAGUGGUGGAGGUGGAGGUGGUGGAGGUGGUAGUGGUGGCAGAGGAAGAUGGCCAAGACCCCCAGGUAUUGUUGGAGAGCCCCAGUAUGUGCAACAGGAUGAUUAUGUUCCUCCCCCUCCUCCUCCAAAAGCAAUGCUGCACCACCCAACAGUGCAGAUGUAUCCAGAGCGGCCGACCAGCAGUAACUACGGAUAUGGGUACGCGGAUUCCGGGUCGACUCAUCGUGGGCACAACCCCCAGACUUUCAAUUAG